ACUAUGAAAUUGUGCUUCCUAGUGCUAGGCUGCGUGAUAGCAGCUAGCGCCUGGCCUGUUGAUCAACAUUCGGUACGAGUCCACGGCAUUAAUGGAUGGUAUGUCCCUCAAAAGGAGGGUGGCCUAAGAUGGGUUGGCAAAACAGAGGCGGAGAGGCAAUUGGAAUACUACGAGACUCAGGAGGCUUUAAACGGUCGUCUGUUCAGCAACUCGGUUAAUUUUUAUCUGUACACACUGAACAAUCCCAGCACUGGACAGCAGAUUAAGACCACCAAGGCUUCUAUUGAUGCCUCAUUCUUUAAUCCAAGUAACCCAACGAGGAUCACCAUUCACGGCUGGAACUCAAACUACAGAGAUGGUGUGAACACCAGGGUUGCCGAUGCCUGGUUCCAGUAUGGCGACUACAACAUGAUUGCCGUGGACUGGUCGCGUGGUCGUUCUUUGGAGUACGCCACCUCGGUCUCUGGAGCCCCGGGAGCUGGAAAGAAAAUCGCCGCCCUUGUGGAUUUCCUGGUUGAGGAAUACGGCAUGCGAUUGGACACACUGGAAGUGGUUGGCUUCAGUUUGGGUGCCCAUGUGGCUGGACACACUGCCAAACAGGUGACCACCGGCAGGGUGGGCAAGGUUGUGGGAUUGGACCCGGCCUCCCCCUUCAUCAGCUACUCCAAGACUGAAAAGCGUCUGUCGAGCGAUGAUGCCGAAUAUGUGGAGUCCAUCCAGACAAAUGGUGCCAUCUUGGGCUUCACUCAGCCAAUUGGCAAGGCUGCCUUCUUCAUGAACGGAGGUAGGUCCCAGCCCGGUUGUGGAAUCGAUAUCACCGGCAGUUGUUCGCACACCAGAGCUGUUCUGUACUACGUGGAGGCACUCCUGUGGAACAAUUUCCCUUCGAAGAAGUGCGAGACCUACCAGGAUGCCAACAAGAACGCCUGUGGCGAUACAUACAGCUCUAUCUUGAUGGGUGCCGUAGUAAACGCGAUUGUGGCUGAGGGUAUCUUCUAUGUCCCAGUAAACAAGCAAUCUCCAUAUGGCUAUGGAGAAAUAAAUAAUGGUGGCGAAGAAACGACUGCUCCUCCUGCGGUUACCACUACCGAGCAGUCCUCUACAGGCGCUCCAGAGGACUCAACAACCGAAGAACCUGAAGAGGUAUCUACAACACCCAAAAAACCUGAAGAGCCAUCUACGCCUAAAGAACCCGAGGAGUCAACUACAGCUGACCCAGAAGAGUCAACAACCGACGAACCCGAAGAAGUCUCUACAACAACCAGAAAGCCUGAAGAACCAUCUACAACUGUAGAACCCGAAGAGUCGACUACAGCAGCUCCGCAGGACUCAACAACCGAAGAACCUGAAGAAGUAUCUACAACACCCAAAAAGCCUGAAGAAACAUCUACGACUGAAGAACCCGAGGAGUCGACUGCAGUCGCUCCAGAGGACUUAACAACCGAAGAACCUGAAGAGGUAUCUACUACACCAAAAAAACCUGAUGAGCCAUCUACAACUGAAGAACCCGAGGAGACGACUACUGCUGAUCCAGAGGAGUCGACAACCGAAGAACCUGAAGAAGUCUCUACAACAACCAAAAAGCCUGAAGAGCCAUCUACAACUGUAGAACCCGAGGAGUCGACUACAGCCGCUCCAGAGGAAUCUACAACCGAAAAACCUGAAGAGGUAUCUACUACACCCAAAAAACCUGAUGAGCCAUCUACAACUGAAGAACCCGAGGAGUCGACUACAGCCGCUCCAGAGGAAUCUACAACCGAAGAAACUGAAGAAGUCUCUACAACAACCAGAAAGCCUGAAGAGCCAUCUACAACUGUAGAACCCGAGGAGUCGACUACAGCCGCUCCAGAGGACUCAACAACCGAAGAACCUGAAGAAGUCUCUACAACAACCAGAAAGCCUGAAGAGCCAUCUACAACUGUAGAACCCGAGGAGUCGACUACAGCCGCUCCAGAGGAAUCUACAACCGAAGAACCUGAAGAGGUUUCUACCACACCCAAUAAACCAGAAGAGCCAUUGACAACUGACGAACCCGAGGAGUCGACUACAGCCGCUCCAGAGGACUCAACAACCGAAGAACCUGAAGAAGUCUCUACAACAACCAGAAAGCCUGAAGAGCCAUCUACAACUGUAGAACCCGAGGAGUCGACAACCGAAGAACCCGAAGAGGUCUCUACGACUACCAAAAAAUCUGAGGAAGAAACUACCGCAGCACCAGAAGAGUCGACUACUCCUGCACCAGAAGAUGGAAACUCAAAAACCGAUGAACCAGAGGAUAUUUCCACCACUGCCGCUCCUGAGGAUCCUACAACAACCGCUAUUCCCACCGAGCGACCUUCAACAACUGCAGUUCCGGAAGAUCCCACCACCACCGUGGCUCCGGAAAUUCCACCAACAAACUCACCUACAGAUGACAAUACUGUUCCUGGGGGCACCAAGAACAUAUUCAUUUUCAACGUCUUUUUAGUGAAUGUUAAAAUCGAUAAUCAUUAAACAAGACGAAUUUUGUUAAAAGCCGG